UAUGUGGGAAAAAUAAGAAGAACAUUAUUCAGAGCCCACUGCACACACUACUAGAAGUAGGCGCCGCUGCCAUUUGCACCCUUUCCUCUUUGAGAUAAAAAAGAAAUCAAAAAAGGAAACAGAGAAAAGAAAAAAGCCAUUUUUUUAUCACCCAUUUUCAUGAUUUUGGUCUUCUUCAACAGCCAUUAGGUUUUUUUUUGCUUCCAUUUCAAGAAAAUUCUAGGGCAAAACUCCAUUCUUUUUCAUCAGAAUCAUUAGUUUUUGUUUAAGAAAAUGGAGAAGUUGAACAGCAUUUUCAAGAAGAAGACUUCACCAAAAGAAGCAUUGAGGACCAGCAAAAGGGAAAUGACUGUUGCUACCAGAGGCAUUGAACGGGAGAUUGCAUCUUUACAAAUGGAGGAGAAGAAGUUAGUUGCAGAGAUCAAGAAAACAGCCAAAACAGGAAACGAGGCCGCCACUAAAAUUCUAGCUCGUCAACUUGUGCGCCUGCGGCAACAAAUUGUCAAUUUGCAAGGUAGUCGUGCUCAGAUUAGGGGUGUAGCAACUCAUACACAGGCACUAUAUGCUAGCACCUCUAUGUCUACUGGAAUGAAAGGUGCAACUAAAGCAAUGACUGCCAUGAACAAGCAAAUGGCACCUGCAAAACAAGUUAAAGUGAUCAGAGAGUUCCAGAAGCAGUCAUCACAGCUGGACAUGACAAUUGAGAUGAUGUCAGAAUCCAUUGAUGAGACUUUGGAUAAAGAUGAAGCUGAAGAAGAAACCGAGGAGCUUACAAACCAGGUGCUGGACGAGAUUGGUGUGGACAUUGCAUCGCAGUUAUCUUCAGCUCCAAAAGGUCGGAUUGCAUCAAAGAAAGUCGAAAAUGUUGCCCCUCCUAGUUCUGACACUGCUGCGGAUGUUGAAGAACUUGAGAAGAGGUUGGCCUCUCUUCGAAGAAUUUGAUGAAGAACGGGGCAUAUUCGUGGACAGCUUUUAUAUGCGAUCCUUGUAUAAAUUCUCUUUAGAAUUAAAAAUAUAGUAUGUACCAUGAUACAAAUUUGUAUUUCUCGACUAUUUUUCUAUAGCACCAAACAUCAACAUUUAUGCUCUUGGGUGUUAUGAUCCUUCUUCAUGUAGUUUUUUGUAUGUAGUUCCUCAAAUUCAUUUCACAUUACUAAUGAAAAUCAUGGUCGCAUUUCUUAUCUUCAAA